AGAACUUUUCAUGAAAACCUUCAGAAAGGCAUGGUAAUUUACUUUUCAUCCUGUUUUCACGAAUAGACUGCAGUAUGCAAUUUUCCAUAAUGUUCCUUUUUGGAUGCAUUUGGUUCAAGCGGGCGCUCUACACACACUUGUUGGAAGCUCGGUAGCAAUGAUCGGCCGAGUUUGCCAUAGUUUUUGCAGCCUUUUGCUGCUCCUCAAUCUUCCUGUGUGCAGUGGGAGCAGUCCUGGCCUACGUGGCCAGAAAGCUGACAAGCCUAGAGAACAAGAUGGCGUUGAUGCUACAUGUGGACGUGUGGGGUGGCACAGCACAAAGCGCCAGAAUCGAAUCGUACAUGGCCAAGAUUCCAAGCAAUGUGCAUGGAAGUGGCAGGUUAGCUUGCGUGCAAUGAUCAACGGUACUGCGCAACACUUUUGCGGUGGCACCCUGAUUUCUGAAAAGUGGAUCCUUACUGCUGCCCAUUGCACUGCAUUUCUGAACGACUGCAAAAUGUCGAAGAUGCAGGUCGUUGCAGGGGGGUGGCAUCAGAAAAUGGAGAACAACACAGAUGGUGGCAUUGUAACGCGAGGAGUGCGCCGAGUCCUGAUCCACCCAUCCUUUAACGUCGAAUCCCACUUCAGCAUGGACUUUGGGCUUUUGGAGCUCGACGCCCCGGUUCCAUUCGACGACUGCGUCGGAUCCGUGUGCUUGCCAACGAAAGAUUUUCCUACUGUUGGCACCAAUUGUGAAGUUACUGGCUGGGGCACUCUAAACAUGGAAGGUGCAGUUCCAAAUGUUUUGCAGCAGGGAUUGGUGAACACAGUCAGCCAAGACAUUUGUGCAGAGCAGUACGCCAAAGACAACCAGACGAUCACCAGUGGCAUGCUAUGCGCAACUGGUGCAACUGGCCAGGGAGUCACGGAUGCCUGUCAAGGAGAUAGCGGAGGCCCACUCGUUUGCCUGGAGGGCGAGCGCUUUGUCAUUGCUGGUGUGAUCAGCUGGGGCCAUGGCUGUGGUGACGCCAACUAUCCAGGUGUUUACGCUCGGGUGGCUUCUGGGCUGGAAUGGAUCGAAGCUGUGCUGUCUGGCAAGAUUGCAAUGCCAGAGGAGCCGAGCUCAUCAGAGGUAAACUUCCAUGGCCACAUGUGGGCAGUAGUUUCGGGUCGAUGCAGCAUUGAUGAGGAUGGCUGUGUGCGAAGUCCAGGGUACCCAGACCAGUACGGCGGCAGGGAGAAAUGCAGGAUUGCAGUGGACACCUCUGCCGCAAUGCCAAUCACGGUUGACCACUUCGCGACUGAAGCACCUUACGAUCACUUGGAGGUGAACUGUGUUCCUUAUUCUGGGAAGAAAGGGCCGCAUGGCAUCAUCCCGAAUUCAGACAUAUUUUGGUUGGCUGACGGCUCCAUGCAGGACAGCUGUGUUUCAUAA